AUGGCUUCUCGCCACACCAAAAUAACAUUCCCCUCCAAACUCGUGAACCUUUUCCACUCUAAAAACUCUCUUUUUUACUUGUUUGUAUUCUUGAUUUGCUUGCCGAUCGGCUUCAUUUGCUCUUUUUACCUUCAAAGCUUCUCUGCAGCCAUUCAGACCUCUAUUUUUAGUGUUUUCCGUUCAUUAUCAUUAGUAUCACCGCCACCACUACCACUACCACAUGCAGACACUCUUUCGUCAUUAACACCACCACCAUCACUAGUAUCACCUCCACCAUUAAGUUCAAACCUGCCACAACCGCCACUACCACUACCAGAUAAUCUUUCUUUAUCACCACCUCCACCACUAACUUCAAACCUGCCACAACCGUCACUACCACUACCACUAGAUAAUCUUUCUUUAUCACCACCUCCACUACCACCACUAACUUCAAACCUACCACAACCGCCACCACCACUAUCACUACCACUACCACUACCAGGUAAUCUUUCUUUAUCACCACCACUACCACCACUAACUUCAAACCUACGAGAACCGCCACUACCACUACCAGAUGAUCUUUCUUUAUCGCCACCACCACUAGCACCACUAUCAUCGGAAUCUAUUCCCUCGGCCAUAUCGCCAUCAUCACUGCCGUUUAAGGUUUCAAUAACGGAACAAAUGCCCAUGAUGCACAAUAUGAGUGAUGAUGAGUUGGUAAAGAGAGUGAUGGAAAUUCCAAAGAUGACCACCACAAAUACCCCUUAUAAGGUGGCAUUUAUGUUCUUGACACCGGGGCCAUUGCCACUUUCACCUUUGUGGGAACUGUUCUUCAAAGGGCAUAAAGGUCUUUUCUCCAUCUACGUCCACCCCCAUCCAUCUUACAAUGACACCAUCCCUCAAGACUCCGUCUUCUAUGCCACAAGAAUUACUAGCCAGCCUUUGUAUUGGGGUGAUAUUUCAAUGGUAGAUGCCGAGAGAAGACUGCUAGCAAAUGCACUCCUUGAUCCGUCAAAUCAACGAUUCGUGUUACUAUCCGAUUCAUGUAUUCCGUUGUUUAACUUCACCACGACUUAUAGUUAUCUUGUUAACUCAAAUUUAAGCUACAUAGCCUCUUUUGACGACAAAAGAAAAUCAGGCCGUGGUCGCUACAAUCCACAAAUGUCACCAAACAUCACCAUUCAAGAUUGGCGAAAAGGGUCUCAAUGGUUUGAAGUUAAUCGUGAUCUUGCUCUAGAGAUUGUUGCUGAACAAAACUACUACAGUCUUUUCAAAGAAUAUUGCCAUCCACCAUGUUACAAUGAUGAACAUUAUUUACCAACAUUGGUGAAUAUUUUAUAUGGAGGGUUAAACUCAAACCGAACUAUUACACAUGUUGAUUGGUCAAGGGCGGGCCCUCAUCCACGAAAAUAUGCGGGUAGCGAGAUUACAGAAGAGCUAUUGAACUCGAUUCGAUUUGGUUCUACUGAAUGUGUUUAUAAUGAUAACACAACACCUAUGUGUGUGUUGUUUGCUAGGAAGUUUACACCAGGUACUUUGAAUCCUUUGUUAAUGUUUGCUCCUUUGUUGUUUGGUUCUAGUUGA